AUGUUAAUAUCUCAAAUACUUCGAUUAUUAACUAAUUUUUCAAUACAACAAAAACAAUAUUCUAUUCAAUUUUUUUCAUCAUACAGACAAAUUCAAAUGAAAAAUUCUUUGAAAAACAUACAUAAAAAUAAUCAAAUACAAUUUAAAUUAAAAUCAAUUAAUGAUACACAUGCAACAUUAAUUAUUAAUGGUAAAGAAUGUAAAUAUGAUUGGAUAUUUUUACGAGAUUCAUGUCAAUGUCAUCAAUGUAUUGAUUUAUCAACAAAACAAAAACGACAUAAAACUACAGAUAUUCCAUUGACUAUUUCACCACAACAAACAGGACUUAAAAUAUUAAAUAAUAAUAUUCUUGAAAUACAUUGGAAUCAACCAUUAUUAAAUGAAAAAAACAAUUCUAAUAUACAUCGUAGUUUAUAUUCAAGAACAUGGCUUCAAACAUAUUCAACAUCAGAAAACAUUGCACGUUCAAGAUAUCAAGAUCGUCCAUUUAUUUAUUGGAAUCGAAAUGAUAUUCAAAAAGUAAAUUUACAUGUUAAAUGUAAUGAUUAUCUUUAUUCUGAUCAAGGAUUAUAUACAGUAUUAAAAUAUCUUAAUGAUUAUGGUCUUGUUUUUAUUGAUAAUGUUCAAGGAGAAUUUACUGUUGAACAUCUUGUUGAAAGAAUAGGUGAAAUUCGUCAUACAUUCUAUGGUAAAACAUGGGAUGUUCGAAAUGUUCAACAAGCUAUUAAUGUUGCUUAUACAUCUCAAGAACUUGGACUUCAUAUGGAUUUAUUAUAUUUUGAAGCACCACCAGGUUUACAAUUUUUACAUUCACUUGAAAAUAAUGUUCAUGGAGGAGCAUCAUAUUAUGCUGAUACAUUUCGAGCAGCUGAAAUACUUCGUCAAAAUGAUCCUGAAGCAUUUCAAAUACUUUGUUCAUAUCCUGUAACAUUUCAUUAUCGAAAUGCUGAUCGACAUUAUCAUUUUACACGUUCAACUAUUGUUUUAAAUAGAUUUUCAUUUGAUAAUCAUAUUGAUCAUAUUAAUUAUUCACCACCAUUUCAAGCACCAUUUGAAAGUGAUACAUCAAAAUCUGAUUUUCGAAAAUUUAUUCGAGCUUUUCAGUAUUUUCGUGAUUUAAUAGAUGAUCAAAAUAAUCAUUUAGAAUUAAUUCUAGAAAAAGAUCAAUGUGUAAUAUUUCAUAAUCGUCGAAUUCUUCAUGGAAGACGUGAAUUUGAUCCAUCAAGUGGUGAACGAUGGUUUAAAGGAUGUUAUACGGAUCUAGAUAAUUUUAAAGAUAGAUUAAGAAUUGUUCGAGAAAAAUUUGAAUCAAUUUCAGAACUUGAAUUUAUAAGAAAACAACAUGAAGGUUAUUUAUUCCCGAACACAAAUGAAUUAUAUGAUAAUGACUCGGGUAUUCAAUCAACAGCAUCGAUUAAUGUGAUUACACGUUCAGCAGCUCGAGCUCACAAUAAUCAACAAGAUAAUGAGGUAAAAUUAACAAGUGUUUAUAAUAUUCGACUAAGGGCCACACAACUACAAGGGAAAAAUUUUUCUUCACUAUCAUAUACCAACAUGGCCUCAACGGCAUCAUCAUUGAAUACGAAUGAUAAAUCAAUGGUACUGUCAUCAUCGAAUGAAAAUGUUUCAGCAGAAGUUCAUUUAUCAUCUAUGGGUUUCAGUAUGAGGAAGAUCAAAGAAGAACAAUUAAAAGAUAUGGAAAUUCAAGAGAAAAAGAAAAAUCUAUCUAGUAAUCAAGAUUUUGAAAUUAUUAAUGGUAUUUUAUAUAAAUUAGUUCCACGUGCGAAAAGAAAAAUUAAGCUUAUAUGGAUUCCAAAAACAAUGAUAAAUCAAGUGCUUUUUCUUCAUUACGACCAUUAUACGGCAGCACAUAUGGGAAUUAAUAAAACAACAACAAAAUUAGUCAACAAGUAUUAUUGGCCGAACAUGUAUAAAACAAUAAUCAAUGACAUUAAGUCUUGUACCAUAUGUUCAAAAUAUAAUUAUAGAAGAACCAAAUUACCUGAGAAAAUGAAUAUUAUUCCUACACCAAAUGAAGUGAUGGGUUUAGUUGGAAUGGAUUACUGGGGUCCCACGGAGCAAUCCACAACAAAUGGGAACAAAUAUGUCAUUACAAUGACCGAUUAUCUUUCAAAAUUUGGAUUCGCGAAAGCAGUCACGGCUAAUUCAGCACAAGAAGCAGCAGAAGUUUUCUUAGAUGUAUGUUAUCACUAUGGAGCAUCAACAAAAUUAAUUACAGAUCAAGGACCUCACUUUAUUGCAGAAUUAACAAAAUCAAUAAUCAAUUCAUAUCAUACAACACACAUCCUUGCGACACCAUAUCAUCCAAUAUCGAAUGCUUAG